AAUUGUUUGUUUCAGUUGAAAAAAUUGUAUUCAGUAAUUGUAUUUGUAACACCAUUCGGGAAACUAAAUUAAUAUAAUGCAUUUCUCAAGAAAAUUUAAGAGAGCAUGGAUGAGAAGUAAUCAAAGAAUGCAUGAUAUGCUUUUGGCAAGACCAAGAACUAGAUACUUGCAGAGAUGGCCAGAUCCAGCAUUAGAGCGGCCUAUGCCAGCACCUAUUCCUGUGGCUGCCCUCAGAGCAAAGGCCACUAGAAGAACCCAGGAAUUGGCAAAACCUAGAAGAACCCCCACACCCCCUCCGCCCAGGUCUCCAGGCCAGGUGGAUCCUGCGAUGUUGCAGUACCAACCUUCCCAGAGAAUCUUGGAACUGGCUCGGCCUGCACUCAAGGAAAAGGCCGUCAAGAAACCAACAAGGAAAUCAUCAAAAGGUAAAAGAAGAUUGUAUUCUAAAGAGAGGGUCAUUAUACUUGCUCAAAGGCGCAUCACUUUCAAGCCUCCAGAAGAAAAAAAGAAACCAGCUAAACCCCUGUCUUAUUUCUUACCUCGAAUAAAGAUAUUAUGUCAACCUGCGGAAAGGUUCAUGAAGCAGUUUGAACUUCCUCCAGUGCCUACACAUGUGAAAAAGCUGAAAGUGGAAGAAGAUAAAAAAUACGAGUGUCCAGAAAGAAUACGACAACUCGCACAACCGAAAGACUACACUGAGUUUAAACUGGAUGAAGAAUAUGACCCUUAUCAUAUAAACCCGGCAGCCUUAACUUAUGUUGCAACUGAAAAUAUUAAGAAAAUUGCAGAGCCAAAGCGCAAAGAGGAGAAGAGAAUAAAGAAAUAAACUAAGGUUGUGGGGAAGAUGUAAUUACGAUUAUCUGUAUUAAGCUCAUCAUCCAAAUGUUUAUUUUGAAAUGAUUUUUUCUUUAUGGUCAAAUCGCUCUCUAUUAGUCUAUUAAUCAAUAUAUCAUAUCUGGUCAAAUAAA